AUGGUCGUAAAAAAAGAAGUUAAGGAGAAAACAAAUAACCCGAUGCGAGAAAUAAAAAUCCAGAAGCUAUGCCUUGAUAUCUGCGUUGGAGAAAGCGGUGACAGACUAACUCGAGCUGCCAAAGUUUUAGAGCAAUUGACUGGUCAGCAACCCGUUUUCAGUAAAGCACAUAAGACUAUCAGGAGUUUUUCGAUCAGACGUAAUGAAAAAAUUGCUGUCCAUUGUACUGUGCGGGGUCCAAAAGCAGAGGGGUCUAAAGGUGAAGGAAUACGAGCUUCCUAA